GCAGAGAUGAAGCUGCUCCCGGCCCUGGCGGGGGUCCUAGCCACACUCAUCCUGGCCCGGCCCUCUGAGGGCACUGCCCCAGCCUCCCUUAGGGCAGUGGAGACCUCGGUCCUUCAGGGCUUCCUCACAGAGGCCAAGUUGCUGGUGGACACUGCCUACAAUCACACUGAGAGGAGCAUCAAGCAGCGGCUUCGCAGCGGCUUGGCCAGCCCCAUGGACCUCCUGUCCUACUUCAAACAACCGGUAGCGGCCACUAGGACAGUCGUUCAGGCUGCUGAUUAUAUGCAUGUGGCCUUGGGACUGCUGGAGAACUUACUACUCCAGGGGUUCAGAUCCUUCAAUGUCACUGAUGUGCUAACAAAAUCGCAGCUGCGGCUGCUGUCGCAGGCCAGUGGCUGUGCUCCCCAGCAAGAAGUCGAGAAGUGCAGUGACCAGUACCGCACCAUCACCGGGAGAUGCAACAACAAGAAAAGACCCUGGCUGGGGGCCUCCAACCAGGCCCUGGCGCGAUGGCUGCCAGCUGAGUAUGAGGAUGGGCGGUCGCUCCCCUUCGGCUGGACCCCUGGCAGGAGGCGUAAGGGCUUCCUCCUCCCCCUUGUCCGGGCCGUCUCCAACCAGAUCGUGCGCUUCCCCAGCAAGAGACUAACCUCCGACCAGGGCCGGUCCCUCAUGUUCAUGCAGUGGGGCCAGUUCAUUGACCACGACUUGGACUUUGCCCCUGAGUCCCCAGCCAGAGUGGCCUUCACCACGGGCGUCGACUGUGAGAAGACCUGCGCCCAGCUGCCCCCCUGCUUCCCUAUCAAGAUCCCGCUCAACGACCCCCGCAUCACAGACCUGCGUGACUGCAUCCCCUUCUUCCGCUCGGCACCCUCGUGCCCCCAAAACAAGAACAAAGUCCGCAACCAGAUCAACGCACUCACCUCCUUCGUGGACGCCAGCAUGGUCUACGGCAGUGAGGUCGCCCUCUCCCUGCGGCUCCGCAACCGGACCAACCUCCUGGGGCUGCUGGCCGUCAACACCCGCUUCCGCGACAACGGCCGGGCCCUGCUGCCCUUUGACAACCUGCACGAAGACCCCUGCCUCCUCACCAACCGCUCUGCGCGCAUCCCCUGCUUCCUGGCAGGUGAUACCCGGUCAACCGAAACUCCGAAACUGGCAUCCAUGCACACCCUCUUUGUGCGAGAGCACAACCGGCUGGCGACUCAGCUGAAACGCCUGAAUCCCCGGUGGACCGGAGACAAGCUUUACCAGGAAGCUCGGAAGAUCGUGGGGGCCAUGGUCCAGAUCAUCACCUACCGGGACUUUCUGCCCCUCGUUCUGGGCCAGGCCAGAACCCUGCGGCCCUACCGGGGGUACUGCCCCAAUGUAGACCCCCGUGUGGCCAACGUCUUCACCUUGGCCUUCCGCUUCGGCCACACCAUGCUCCAGCCCUUCAUGUUCCGCCUGGACAGCCAGUACCGGGCCUUAGCACCCAACUCACGGGUCCCGCUCAGCUCUGCCUUCUUCGCCAGCUGGAGAAUUGUGCAUGAAGGUGGCAUCGACCCCAUCCUCCGAGGCCUCAUGGGCACCCCUGCCAAGCUGAACCGUCAAGAUUCCAUGUUAGUGGAUGAGCUCAGGGACCGGCUGUUUCGGCAAGUGAGAAGGAUUGGGCUGGACCUGGCAGCUCUCAACAUGCAACGCAGCCGGGACCAUGGCCUCCCAGGGUACAACGCUUGGAGGCGCUUCUGUGGGCUCUCCCAGCCCCGGAAUCUGGCACAGCUUAGCCAGGUUCUGAAAAAUGAGGGUUUGGCACGGAAGUUUCUGAAUCUGUACGGGACGCCUGACAACAUUGACAUCUGGAUUGGAGCUAUCGCAGAGCCUCUUUUGCCGGGGGCCCGAGUGGGGCCUCUUCUGGCUUGUCUUUUUGAGAACCAGUUCAGAAGAGCCCGGGAUGGAGACAGGUUCUGGUGGCAGAAAAAGGAUGUUUUUACCAAGAGGCAGCGCAGGGCCCUGAGCCGCAUUUCCUUGUCUCGAAUUGUGUGUGACAACACUGGUAUCACCACCGUUCCAAUGAACAUCUUCAGGGCCAACAACUACCCCCGGGGCUUUGUGUCCUGCUCUCGCAUCCCCAGCCUGAACCUGUCAGCCUGGAGACGCAGCUGAGGCUUCUGCAGGAGUCCAUUCCAAGCCUCCGACCUUGGAGACUUUGGAGACAAGGAAAUCUGAGGAAGACCGUAAAGCUACCUUCUCCCCUGGAGCAACUGUUUCCUGCUGAUGCUUUUGCUGGCUAUAGCUCAGAGCUGGUUCUCUGGCUGGGAGUGACGGCCAGCACUCCCAGCAACAAUGAACCCUCCUGCCAUGCAAGCCUCUCACAUAUUAGGUCACGCGUCAGCUCCAGGCGCAAGGGCUUGUGAGCCAAGCAAGGGAGUCUUGAGACCCAGGCAGCAAGAGUCAUCUGAAGGGUUUCCAGGCACGUUCAUCUACUUCCCACCCUGUCCCUGACUCCUGCCGAUGACUGGGAAGCCAGAGGCCCAGCCUCCCGCCACCCCACGGUCUUCCUCUGGAGCCUGCAGACUGUGCAGCACUCUGCUUCUACCAAUAAAGCACCGCUAAGGGCA